UGGAGAAAUUCAGACCCGGUCAGCGAUGCAGACUUUCCGAAGUCGUUCCCCCGUGUCCCCUGAGCGCGCUUUAACCCAAGAGGACGAGGAGGGUCGUGACCUGCGUGUGGUGGUGAACACUAAUGACCCAGAUUAUGAGCCUGUUUACUAUGAUGACGAGCAUGAGAGCUACGACUAUCCCAUGGAGGAAACUGACGACCUCACACCUCCAGUCAAUCAGACCGAAGUAAAAGGAAAAAGAGAGAAAAGAGAGGUUAAAGGUGAAGAUCGAUGUGUGCUGUCGCUGGAUGAGGGCGGGUGCUCCAGAUACACACUGCGCUGGUACUUUAAUCCUCAGGUGGUCGAGUGCAGACCCUUUAUUUACAGCGGCUGCGGAGGAAACGCUAACCGCUUCACACACAAAGAGGAGUGUGAACAACAUUGCCUACAACAGAGCAAAGAUGCUCUGGGGCCAAACAGUGUAUGGUAAUGAUAGGACCAGCACACACACACACACACACACACACCCCUACACACACAG